AUGGAUAGACAGAAACGUGCCAAAACAGCAGCAGCAGCAGCAGUAGCAGGAGCAGGAGCAGCAGGAGCAGAGGCAGCAGCAGGAGCGGACCAAAGAGUGGACACCGCAGAGGACCAACGCCGAUACGAGUCUGCAGUACACCAAGAGAGGGCUGCUUGUUUGGCUGUCCUGUCUGUGGAAAGGCAUGGUCCCGCAUUGCCAUUAAAAGCCCUUUGA